GGUUUGCACCGGCAGGUAAAAGUCCUUAUUAGGGGCGGCGUUUCCGGUGCGUCACGGCUGACUGUGAAGCCCCAACUUUUUGACAGGCGCAGCGGCAUCAUCCGCUCCAAACAGCCGCGAACGGACAGGAUGGAUGUCUACUGGGGGAAUGUUUGCUUUGUUCUCCUAGUCAUUACUGACCGAAUCUGUCUGUUGCAUUCGUUCAACGUUGGAACUGCAGAUGCUAAGAUUUUUAGCGGCUUAGCAAACGAGGAGUUUGGGUACACAGUCCAGCAAGCAACAAACCAUCAGGGCAAAUGGCUCCUGGUUGGUGCUCCUUGGAGUGGAUAUAGUGAAAACAGGAAAGGAGAUGUUUACAAGUGUCCAGUCUCAGGAUCUACCACCAGCUGCGACAAACUCAGCCUUCAAGAUUCUGUCAGAAUUCCAGAAGUUACAAACAUCAACAUUAACAUGUCUCUGGGUUUGACUCUAACCCGCAUGCCUGCAGAUGAUGGACUACUGAUGUGUGGUCCUCUGUGGGGCCAGCAGUGUGGCGAUCAGAACUACUACCCUGGGGUUUGUGCAAAACUGGAUGCACUGUUUCAGCCUCAACCUGCCUUCUCUGAUGCUGUUCAGAAGUGUGGGGGACCGAUGGAUAUUGUGAUUGUUUUGGAUGGUUCCAAUAGCAUUUAUCCCUGGGAGCCAAUGAGGGAUUUUGUCCUGAAGCUCAUACCCUCCCUGGACAUCGGGCCCCAAAGCACUCAGGUCAGUGUCAUUCAGUAUGCUGUCAAUCCCAAGUUUGACAUCCAAAUGAACGGAUAUAAAACCAAAGAGCAGCUGUUGGCCGCAGCAUCCAAGAUAACACAAAUGUCCGGCACUAUGACCAAUACUUUCAGUGCCAUUGAGUUUGCCAGUCAACAGGGUUUUGAUGAAAAAUAUGGUGGUCGACCCGGUGCUUCCAAAGUAAUGGUGGUCGUUACUGAUGGCGAGUCUCAUGAUUACGACAAACGUGAAAGGGUCAUAGCAGAAUGUCAGAAGAAAGGCAUCACUCGCUUUGGUAUAGCGGUUCUGGGUUAUUACAUAAGAAAUAACCUAGAAACAGAAAACCUCAUCACAGAAAUUAAAUCCAUAGCCAGUUUACCCACAGAGAACUUCUUCUUCAACGUUUCAGAAGAAGCCGCUCUUUCCAGCAUAACUGGAACUCUUGGCAACCGUAUCUUCAAUAUAGAGGGUACUGGAAAAGGAGGAGACAACUUCCAGAUGGAGAUGUCCCAGGUGGGAUUUAGUGCUCACUUCUCCAGUAAACAGAAUGUGAUGAUGCUGGGAGCAGUGGGAGCGUAUGCCUGGAGUGGAACCGUCGUCCAUCACACAGGGUCAAACGUUAACAUCCUCCCUUCCUCAGCUUUUGAGAGAGCUCUGCAGGACAGAAAUCACAGCUCACUACUGGGUUAUUCUGUCACCACAAUAUCUGAUGGCUCUGCAGAAUACUUUGUUGCUGGAGCUCCUCGCUCAAAUCACUCCGGCCAAGUCCUCGUGUACACCAUCAACGCUCAGAAGCAGGCGGCUGUCAUCGAUUCUCAAAGAGGGAAGCAGAUUGGAUCGUACUUUGGAAGCGUCCUGUGCUCUCUGGAUGUGGACAGGGACGGUGUGACCGACCUCCUGCUGGUGGGGGCUCCCAUGUACAUGGGAGAGCUGAAGAAAGAGGAAGGCAGGGUGUACCUCUUCUCUGUCACCGGGGGGAUUCUGAACGAGCAGGGGCUUCUCAGCGGCCCACCCCCCACUGUGAAUUCUCGCUUUGGGACAGCCAUCUCUGCCAUUCCUGACCUUGACUUGGAUGGUUACAGCGAUGUUGCAGUGGGAGCGCCGUUAGAGGACAGAGGGAGAGGUGUCAUUUACAUCUACAAUGGGCAAAAGAAGACACUGAACAAAGAGUUUUCACAGAGAAUCUUUGGCUCCAAACUGGAUGCUCAGCUUCAGUAUUUUGGAAGAUCUCUUGACAGCACCAAGGAUCUAAAUGGAGACACCAUCCCCGACAUCUCCGUUGGUGCUUAUGGCAAAGCAGUGCAACUCUGGUCCAGAGGCGUGGCCAGUGUGACUGCUUCUGCCUCCUUCAACCCGGAUAAAAUCAACAUUUUCAACAAACAGUGCAACAUCAAGGGGCGCGUGCUUACAUGUUUCAACACAAAGCUGUGCUUAACCGCUUCCUUCAAGCCCAAGAACUCUAUGGGACCUAUCGGCAUUUUCUACACUUUAACUCUAGAUGCCAACUUGCAGGAUUCUCGUGUGACGUCACGAGGCAUGUUCACCAAAAACAAUGAACGCUCCAUAAAAGAGAAAGCACAAAUAACAUCAGGACCUCUGUGUCAAGACUUCCAGGUUUACGUUCAGGAAACACCGGACUUUGUGAACUCCCUGAGUUUGAAAGUAGAAAUUGAACAGGAGAAUGCAGAUGGGAAUCCUGUCCUGGACAUAUUUUCCCCCAGUGCAUUUGAGUUCUUUAUCCCUUUUACAAAAGAUUGCGGGUCUGACGAGGUGUGCCUGAGCGACCUGGUGCUGAGCGUAAAGACGGACACUAAAACAUCCAGCUCUGGUCAAACUUUAGUCAGCGCCAACAACCAAGAUCUGUCAUUUGAUGUUUCUGUGAAAAACAAAAAAGAGAACGCAUACAACACUCGAGUGUCAGUCAAAUAUUCUGCCAACCUGUUCUACUCCACUUUUUCUGCGGCUGAUGGCGUCCACUGCACGUCCACAGAGACAGACACGGUUACGUGUCAAGUGGGAUACCCAGUCUUAAAAGAGGAUCAAGAGGUGAAAUUUUCCAUCAAGUUUAAUUAUAAUUUAAAUCAGUUACAAAACAAAGCUGAGGUGACAUUUCAGGCCAAAAGUGAUGGCGAAGAGGAAAAUCCUGCAGACAAUGAUGCAUUCAAAUCCAUUUCCCUUCAGUACGACACAGGAGUUUUACUAUCCAGGGAGUCAAAUAUCAACUUUUAUGUGGCAGAUGCAUCCAGACCAGUUGUCACCACAGUGGAGACCGUGGACGACAUCGGCCCGGAGUUUAACUUUACAGUCAAGGUUUCAACAGGCUCGGUGCCCCUCAGCCUUCUGUAUCUCACCAUCGGUCUGCCGCUGAAGACUAAAGGUGGAAAUCCUCUCCUCUAUCUGAUGGAUGUAAAACCUCAUGGAGGAGGUUCUGUUAACUGUGACUCCAAUCAUCUCAUCGAUCCUCUGAAAAUAGCAGAGAAAAAGCACCAAGUUUCUUUCACAGAGGAAAGCCUGAGAGGCAUCGAGAAACUGGACUGCAAGAGUGCAAAUUGUGAAAAGAUUAGGUGUAUUCUCAAAGUCACCAGCGUUUGGACCCAUUACUUUGUGGAAGUGAAAACAAGGAUCUGGAACGGCACCUUUAUGACAGCCACGUAUCAGACCAUCGAGCUGACCUCCAGUCUGGACGUGGAAACCUCUGACCCAAAUCUGCUGGUUAUUGGCCUCAAACAGCUUCCUGUGACUCUGACCAUAAGCAAACCUGGAGAAACAGCUGACGUUCCGGUGGGGGUGAUAGCCGGCAGCGCCAUAGCAGGCGUGCUGCUACUAGCUCUGGCUGUUGGGGUUCUCUACAAGGUUGGAUUUUUCAAAAGAAAGUACCAGCAGCUUCAGAAGGAGUCAGACGAAGACGAACAGAGCCAAGCACACGUCAACGAGGUCCUUUAAGCCACGGAGGAAAAGCUGCAGACCUCUCUGUCAGCGUGAAUAUCGGUUCAUCUUAGGUGCAAAGAGACAAAAGCUCAGCCAAACCGAGCAUUUUAAAGCACUGGAUGCUGUUUAAUACGAGAAUAGCAAAGAAAGGCAUUUUAAAGACCCACUCUGAUCCUCUUUUAAGUCAUUUUUAAAAGCGUUCCCAGUGGUCUUUCAAUUAUGAUUUUGCUGUUUUUAGCAAAAAUCCAAAAGAACCUGUUGUUUUCUAGGACAUAGUUUCUGCAGAGCAGCAGUAAUUGGGAGGAGGACUGAGGUGUGAGCAGGUGGACCAACCCCACUUCCUGUUACACAUCCGUUUACACUCUCUCCUGCUACCUUACUGCCCCUCACACCCCCAACCUAACAUUAUCGGUGCAGCAAAAAUGGCGAGCAAUAUUGGAGCUAAGCAGCCAUACAGUUUUGAGCCACAUACCAGCUCAGUCGAGGAAAACAAAGACGCAUAUGGAUCUAUUUGUUUACAGAACGGAGCGGAGCAGGGAGCUUGUGUCUCGCCGACUGUAGCUGCUGCAUCAUAGCUACAGCAUUUUUGUCUUCUCUUGAUUCACAACGAUUUGAAAACAGUAAUAGUCAGAGGUGCAAUUCUGAUGUUUUUAUAUAUAUAUAUAUGUAUAUAUGUCCUCCACCAUCAGAAGAAUUCCACAAGAACACGUUAAAAACAGCGUUUUCAUCAGUGGGUCUUUAAACAGUAACCACUUAACUGGGGCCUUCUAGCUGUUUUUACUUCAACAUCACAACUGUAGAUGUCACAGUGCUGAGGUUCAUCAACAGGAGGCAAAGAUUAUAAGCCUGAGUUUUACACUGUAACCACAACUAUUUCACUCAAUGCAGUUUGAAUUUUUUUUUAAAUGUAUAAAAGUUCUGAAAAACAAAUUACAAAAUUAUAAAUAUUACAGGCGAAGUUCUGCAGCUUCUGUUUCUACGCAUCAACAAUCUCACUUUGGGGAGAAACUUUGUUGCAGAAACUUCUGUUUUUAAUUCACUCUCAGGACUAUCAGGGUUUCUUUUACAGCAGAAUAUCUUAGAGUCAUUGAUAACUCAUUAAGUGGAAAAAAGAAUUAACAUGUUUAAAAAACUGUGUAUACUUUCUAAUAACAAGGCGUCAUGUUUAAUAUAGUUUUUUUUGUGUUUUUUUUGUAUUUUUAUCAUUUUAACAGUUUUGUUUCACUCUCUUGUUGGAGUUAAUACUUUUUUUGGAAUAGUUCAAAUAAUAGUCAUUGGGAAUUUUCUUAAAUACAAAAACCCAUUUAACCCUUGUGCUAUCCUAUGGGGUCAAGAUGAGCAUUGACGUGUCAUUCCUACCAUGACAAAGGUGGAGAGGAUUUCAUGUAAUCCAUGGACACCAGUGAAGAUCACAAAUCAUUGAAGAAAAAGGGUUCAGAGCACUGUCUAGUGGGUCUAGAUGACCCAACUCCCAAUGUUAAAGUGCCUAGCAUAGUACAAGGGCUAAUUCAAGUAUCAUUGCUACAUAAGACGAAGACAAAAAAUAAUCAGUAUUAGAAUUCAAACCAUUAAAGAAUCUAACAGGUAAAUUUAGGUGUUACACUUUAAACUUUUCUAUAGGGGUAAAUAUUGUUUAGAGUUUAUUUUACCCCCUCAAACCCAUAGGUUUGAGGGGGUAAAAUAAUUGCUCCAUUUUGCCACAAGGUGGCAGCAUGUUGUAGAUUUUUAAUUUCUUGUAUAGGUGGCUGCUUUCUUCCUUCAUACAAGUACCAAUCUGAUUAAGAACGGUUGUGUUUUUUUGUUUUAUGUUUCCUUUUUGACUUUUUCUACACUGGAAUAAUCUUAUUUUUUUACUUUUGACCUAUUGUGGCACUAGAACUUGCACCACUUUUAUUGAAUUACAAGUCAAUUGAGAUUUUUCCUCAGAGCGUGAAUUUCCUUCCAUAUUAUUAACUGUCAUGCUCUCCUGCAAUUAGCUUAGUUUGUCCCUGGGCUGUUUUGGAAUGUGUUUCUGACUGUUUAUCUUUCCAGUCAGCCAACAUCAGCACCCAGCAGUCUUUAAUAUUCAUUUCUCUGGUGAAAUGGAAUGUGCUUUUUGUCAUUAAUAAGUUGCAUAUUUUGCAGGAGGGGGAGACUGGGCUCAGGCUCACCUUGUUCAAGGGGGUAUAUAGGAUUUGAUAAAUGGUGGAACCUCUCCAUUUCCCAAUUACUCAUGACCAUGUGUUGUGAAACAGCUUUGGAUUCCAUGUAAAGGUGUACAGGGAGUAAUUUGGAAAUAUUUUGAUGAGAUGAGAUACAGCUAAGUGUUUUUUUUUUUCAUGUUUAUCCUUCUGAGAUUUUCAUGAGAUGACUGACAGGUACAACUGAGAGCAACUGAUCUACAUCAAUGUGGAAUGAUGACCAAUUUCGAAAUAUUUGCAGGGAAAUCAAAGGUGACGUUGUUUGACAAAUGUCCUGUAUUUGCACUUUCUCAAUGUGAUUGUAUUGAAUGCUAAAAACAUUUUAAAGGGAUUCGUUGUUCGAAUAAAGGUUUGAUUACCUUCUCAACUCUG